AUGGAAGGAGUGUUUAAGAAGAGUAUAAAUGCUACUUUUGUGGCUUUGAUACCUAAGAAGUUAGGGGCAGAAGAACUUAAUGACUUUAGACCAAUAAGUUUAGUGGCGGGAGUUUACAAGAUAAUUGCAAAACUUUUGGCUGAAAGACUAAAGAAGGUGAUGCAUAAACUUGUGAACAAGCAACAAAUGCCUUUAUCAAGAGCAGAUGAUGCAGAGGAUGGGUUUUGGUCAAAGAUGGUUAAAGUGGAUCAGACAUCGCAUAAGUUCAGUGGAAUUCUCUAUUCUGAUCAACAGAAAACCAUGUGGGUUUUUCCCAUCAAACAUGGGUUUGAGACAAGGGGACCUCUAUCUCCUUUUCUUUUUAUCUUGGUUAUGGAAGGGUUGAGCAACCUAUUCCAAAUUGCAAAAGCAAAUGGUUGGAUCAAAGGUUUCAAAGUGGGGGAGAAUACGAGAAACAAUCUAGAGAUCACUCACCUAUACCUAUGA